GCCAAGGGAGUUAAACUGACUGUGGUCGUUGUUCUUAAAGAAAUAUAUUUUGACUAGUUUUUUAUAUGUUUAACUGCUGCUUAGGAAGAUAAAGUUAAAAGAAAGGAAAGAAAACGAGAUAAACUUGACUCAGCAGCGACACCGCAGUGACGGAGACGUAAUGGAAGCCUUCUGCGGGUCUCCGUUCUGGGAUUACAAUCUCACAAUUAACACUGACGAGCCAGACUUGACCAGUUGUUUCCAGAACACAGUUCUUGUCUGGAUACCAUGUUUUUUCCUGGUUGUGACCUCCGUCUUCAGCGUGUAUUCACUGCUGCACAGUCAAAAGAGCUUUAUUCCGUGGACCUGGCUGAACAUCACAAAAACGAUCCUGGGAUGUGUGUUGGUCCUUCUUGCCUUCACAGAUUUGUGCAACGCCAUACGGAUCAGUGCCGUGGAGGGAGCCUACGCUGUGUCGAUAGUGUCACCAGGAAUGGUUCUUUUAGCCAUGUCAUGGGCCACGGCACUUCUCCAGCUGGAAAGGAAAAGGGGAAUCCAGUCUUCAGGACAGAUGUUUUUCUACUGGCUUUUGUGGACUCUUGGUGAUAUCUUUAUAUGCGUAUCUAAGACAAGAUAUUAUAGACUGACUGGAGAACCAGAGGACAUGUUUACAUUUGUGACCUUCUUCCUCCAUUUUCCUGUGGUCAUUGCCCAGCUGAUUCUGUCCGUGGUUAUUGACAAACCUCCUGUCUUCUCUGAAGUUGGAGAUCAGAAACAAUCCCCAGAAAAGAGUGCCUCCUUCUUGUCAAAAAUGUCUUUCUGGUGGUUUACAGGGAUGGUCAUCCAAGGCUAUAGGAAGCCAUUAGAGAGUGAAGAUCUUUGGUCUGUGAACAAAGAAGAAGCUGCUGAAACUGUGGUACCUCAGUUUUACAAGCACUGGAAGGAAGAACUAUCACAGAAAUGCACUCUACCUGACAACAAGUGUUGCAUUACUGAUACAGAAUCGGAAGACAUCCCAUUAAAAGGACAAGGAAAAGAUGUCACCAAACAGGAUAAGACUUCUUACACACAUCACCCUGCUCUUCUGAAAGCUCUGUUCAAGGCAUUUGGAUUCCCAUGGGCCAUUUCCCUCUUUGGAGAAGUUACUUUUGUUGUCUUGGUUUUAAUUAAUCCACAGUUGCUCAAGUUACUUAUUGGCUUCACUCAAGACAAAGAUGAAUACAUGUGGAAGGGUUUAGUAUAUGCAGCACUAAUAUAUCUAUGUAGUAUGGCCCAGUCGCUGCUGUUUGAACAACUCGAUGUUGUCAGGUGCAAAGUUGGAUUCAGGAUGCGCUCUGCAACUGUACAUGCAGUUUAUAGAAAGGCUCUGGUGCUAUCAAAUGGUGCAAGAAAGUCCACAACUGUUGGUGAAAUAGUCAACCUGAUGUCUGUAGAUGCCACAAAACUCGAUUCUGUCACACACUGCUUCAGUUUUUUUCUACGAGCGAGUUUGAAAAUUGUGUUUGCAUUGUACUUUCUGUGGCAACUGCUUGGCCCUUGUAUAAUGGGAGGACUUGGUGUCAUGCUUCUACUGAUACCUGUCAAUGGCAUUGUCGCCAAGUUUCAGAGGAAAUUACGGUUAAGUCGAAUGGACCACAAGGACAAUCGAAUCAAGUUAAUGAACGAGAUUCUGAAUGGAAUGAAGGUGCUUAAACUUUAUGCGUGGGAGACAUCAUUUGAGAAGAAGAUCAUGGGUAUUAGGGAAAAGGAGAUGAUUAGUAUGAAGCACAGCUCAUAUCUCAAUGCCAUCAGUUCUGUUACCUGGGCAUUGGCACCUUAUCUGUUAUCACUUUCCACCUUUGCUGUUUAUGUCCUGUCCUCCCCGGACAAUAUCCUGACUGCAGAGAGAGCCUUCGUUGCUCUGUCUCUCUUCCAAAUUAUGAGUCACCCAUUAUCAGUUUUUCCUGCAGUUGUAAACCAUAUGGUUCAGGUCAGUGUUGCGAUAAAACGUCUGACCAAGUUUUUAAAGAAAGAGGAGUUGGAUCCUGACAGUAUAGAUACAACUGAGAUGAAAGAUAAAGCCAUUGUCAUGAAAAAUGGAACUUUUACUUGGGACAAGGAAGAUGCACCAACUUUAAAAGAGAUCAACCUUGAUAUUGACCGUGGACAGUUGGUGGCUGUAGUGGGCAGUGUGGGCACUGGGAAAUCUUCACUGCUCUCAGCUCUACUAGGAAACAUGGACAAGAUUGAAGGGACAACUAAGGUUUCUGGUUCAGUAGCAUAUGUCCCACAGCAGGCUUGGAUACAGAACUGUUCUCUACGUGACAACAUCUUGUUCAACAAUUCUUUUGAUGAAAGUGAAUAUAACAAGAUAAUUGACAGCUGUGCAUUGAAUUCAGACUUGGAAAUACUGCCCUCUGCAGACAAGACAGAAAUAGGAGAAAAGGGUAUCAACUUGAGUGGUGGUCAGAAGCAGCGUGUGAGUUUGGCCAGAGCUGUGUACUCCAAUGCAGACAUCUACCUCUUGGAUGACCCUCUUAGUGCAGUGGAUGCACAUGUUGGCAAACACAUCUUUCAGAAUGUCAUUGGACCAGAAGGAGUGCUCAAGAAUAAGACUAGAAUUCUUGUUACUCAUGGCAUCAGCCAUCUUCCAAAAGUGGACAAGAUAAUUGUUAUAGCAAAUGGCAGUGUAUCUGAGUGUGGAACAUUCAGUCAAUUAAUGGACCAUCAAGGAGCUUUUUCAGAAUUCUUGAAGAAUUACCUCUUGGAGGAAGAGAUGGAGGGACAGGUUGAGGAAUUGGAUGAUGAUGCUGGCAGCAUAUGUGAUGACAUCAAGUCGCAGAUUACUAGUAUAUAUGGAGAUAAGGAACUGCAAAGACAAAAAAGUGAGCUAGCAGCCAGCAGAACCAGUUUGCAUAUUGCAGAUACAUUGUCCAAGGAUACAUUGAGCAUCCCAGCAUCCCCACGAGAUCUUUCACCAAGAAACUUACAUCCCAAGGAAGAUCUUUCACCAAGACACUUAUCUCCCAGAGAAGAAAAGGAUGAAGAUCAACAGUUCAUUGCUUUUAAUCGGCAGAUAUCAAAACAAGUAUCAGAGCUAGAAGAAGUCGAAUUGUGUAUACCACCACCACCAGAAAGUGAGCCUGAUAGUGAUGCAGGAAGGUUGAUACAAGAUGAAACGGCAGAGACUGGUAGAGUAAAGUUUGGCGUGUUUAUUGCCUACAUAAAGGCUGUAGGAGUUUGGAUGUCCAUAGCAGUUAUUCUGUUUCAUGUUCUAGAGGACACAGCAGAAAUAUACUCCAAUGUGUGGCUGAGUCAGUGGAGUAAUGACCCAACCAUCAACGGAACUGUAGACAUUGCUCAAAGAGAUCUCAGACUUGGUGUUUAUGGAGCAAUUGCAGUAGCAGAAGGUUUGGUGCUGGUGAUUAAAUCUCUUAUUGUUGCCAUUGCAAUACUCUGGGGCUCGAGAAGGCUACACAAUACUUUACUCACCAAUGUUCUGCGAUAUCCCCAGUCCUUCUUUGAUACCACUCCUACUGGUCGUAUCACCAAUCGGUUCGCCAAAGAUAUUGAUGUCAUAGAUGGCACCAUUCCCUACACCCUCAUAUACUUCUUCGUGACAGCAUUUAAUGCUGCGGCCUCCAUAGUUGUGAUCAGUUACAGCACCCCAAUAGUGCUCACUGUUGUGGUCCCACUAGCCAUCCUCUACUACUUAAUUCAGCGUUUUUUCAUUCCUACAUCAAGACAGCUGAGGCGUAUUGAAUCUGUGGCCAGUUCUCCUAUCUAUUCCCAUUUCGGGGAGACUCUGAGUGGCGUCAGUACAAUCCGUGCAUUUAGACAGCAGAAAAAUUUCAUUUUACAAUCAGAAGAAAGGGUCGACAACCAUCUUGCUGCCAUGUACAUUAACAAGAUGUCACACAAAUGGUUGGCUACUCGUCUGCAGUUCAUUGGCAACUGCAUUGUGUUCGCUGCUGCCAUAUUUGCAGUUUUAGGGAGGGACACACUCACUGCAGGCAUUGUUGGGCUAUCAGUGACUUAUGCAAUGAAUAUUACUGGUGCACUGAAUGGAAUGGUUCAUGUUGCUAGUGAGCUAGAGGCCAACAUAGUGGCAGUUGAGAGAGUGAAGGAGUACUCUGAGUACAAAACUGAGGCUGAAUGGUCUAUCCCAGAGAAGAAGCCAGAUAGCAGCUGGCCCCAUAAAGGUGAAAUAGUCAUAGACAACUACAGCACCAGGUACAGACAGGGGCUCCCUCUGGCGGUGAAAAAUAUCAACUGCCACAUCAAGGGAGGAGAAAAGAUUGGCAUAGUGGGUAGGACUGGGGCUGGAAAGUCUUCACUUACGCUGGCUUUGUUCAGAAUUAUAGAACCAGCUGAAGGGAAGAUAUUGAUUGAUGGUACAGAUAUAUCUGAGAUCGGACUUCACGACCUCAGGUCUAAGAUAACUGUCAUUCCUCAGGACCCUGUUCUGUUCUCUGGCAGUUUGAGGAUGAACCUUGACCCCUUUGAUCAGUACACUGACCAAGAGCUAUGGAUGGCAUUAGAGCAUGCUCACCUGAAAAAUUUUGUGGCCAGCAAUCCAGAGGGUUUGUCCUAUGAGUGUUCUGAAGGUGGAGAGAAUCUUAGUGUUGGCCAACGACAGCUUGUGUGCCUUGCCCGUGCCUUACUACGCAAGACCAAAGUCUUGGUUUUAGAUGAAGCCACUGCCGCAGUUGACCUGGAGACAGAUGACCUUAUUCAGUCAACUAUCCGCACAGAGUUUGCUGAGUGUACUGUACUGACCAUAGCUCACAGACUGAACACUAUCAUGGACUACACAAGGAUAUUGGUCUUGGGCUAUGGAGAAGUGAAAGAAUUUGCAUCACCUCAGGAACUCUUGGCAGAUGAAAACGGAAUCUUCCAUUCAAUGGCUAAAGAUGCUGGGCUCCUGUCUUAGAACUGAAGAUAUUUUAAGAAAAUGGAUAUUAACCCACAAUACCAAAUGAAGGACUUCCAUUUCAGUGUCAGAAGCAAAUGCAAGACUUACCAUGACAUGAAAAUAAUUAACCAACCCAAAUAAAUACUCUUAUAUUUUACUAAGAUAUUGAACUUAACUCAGAAGUCAUAUUACCAAACUAAAAAAAAACAUAUGCACCUACUAUAGCGCCUUACGUGUUCAAUGGGUAAACUUUUUGAUACAGUGUGUAUGUAAUCACACGAUAUUACAAACAGAAGAGAUCCGUCUCUUUGGCAACUGUCAUCACCCACUUAACCAUACCAAUAUAAUCUACAUACUGUACAUAUAUCUGACUUUAGUCAGUCUAGUUUUUUCAAAUGGUACAUCUCUGGUUGUAGUGAUGAUAUUGGUUUGUUAAAAAAGCAGCCUUUUUUGCAAAACUUUUUUUAUAUCUGUAUGCCAAAUGUAUACACUUGCCAUUACACUGUACAAUUAAUUUUUUUUGAAGUCACUCAGGAUUAACACAGGAAAUCAUUUAUUUGUUAAUAAAAGAAUAUUGUGCAUCUGAAGUUGCCUUGUUUUACUUGAAAUACAUAAAUUGAAGCAUGAGCUUGAAGAGCUAUUGGUAUCCUGCUUUUGCAGGAAAAAAAGAAACUAAUCUCCUCUAGUUGGAAUCAUAAAACAUGACUCUAAGAUGGUGGUGCACCAAAGCUGAUUUCAAGGCCUUUUCAUGUUUUAGAUAAAAGUUAUUAUAAUAAAUCACACUGUUUAUGUAAAAGUGGCCAUAAUUGC